AUGCAACUUGAUGAAAAUAAACUUCAGCUUAUGGCUGCUAUUGAUCCAGCUUUGGAACAAAAUGAAGAAACAUGUGAAAGUAUAACUAUUGCUGCAGAACUUGCUGGACAUUGCACUGCUAUGGAACCAUACCAUAGGCAAAAUAUGAGUCAUGCUGUCAAUGUACUAUCAGCAGUAGUGGAGAAAUGGCGACCGGUUUCUGAUGAACUCGACGACUCCUAUUCUGCUGUUGACGGUACUCGACCACUUCGACAAAUGUUGAAAAUUUGGAAGGAUGCAGAAAACGGCAAGUUUAGUUAUAGUAGCACUUCUGCUAGUUUUGAAGACAGUAAAGGGAGUGUUGCAGUGCGGCCUACCAGAUUCACUGACUCUUUCACUUCUGCUUAUGCUAGUGAAUUUAAAUAUAAGGUUUGGUGUGUAACAUGA